UAGGGAAUCGCUGAUAAAUGAACAUACAAAGCCUUUAGCGAAGAAGCUGUUUGGAAACCAGGAAGAGAGGUUAAUUCUUGUUUUGGAUGGUACAUACAUCUACAUCAAUAAAUCAAACAACUUUCAGUUUCAGCGCCGUUCAUUUAGUUUGCAUAAGGGAAGGCCAUUAGUGAAGCCCAUGGUAGUUGUCACAACAACUGGACAUUUUUUGACAAUAGUAGGCCCGUACAUGUCAGACGGCAAGAACAAUGACGCAGCAAUAUUAAAUCACAUGUUGAAGACAAACAUAGAUGAUAUUAGGGGGCUUUUGAGAGAAGGGGAUGUAUUUGUUGUAGACCGAGGGUUCCGAGAUGCGUUACCCCUGUUAAAGGACCUCGGCAUUAAUGCUGAAAUGCCAGCCAUUAUGCUGAAAGGAGAAAAACAAUUGACUACGGGAGAAGCCAACGCGAGUCGACUAGUAACGAAAAUCAGAUGGGUGGUCGAAUCGGCAAACGCUAGAAUCAAGAGAUUCAAAUAUUUAGAUCAUGUGAUGCCAAAUAGCCAGCUGCCAUUUAUUGGUGACUUUGUUAGAAUUGUUUGCGCCAUCUCAAACAAAUACUUCCCCCCUCUAAGUUCCCCAGACCAAGUCGAACAAGAUGAAUUGAUCGCCAAAAAGAUGCUGCAACAAAAUGAAAAAGAAAACGAGCUGAAAAUGUUAGUAGAAGAGAAAGGUCUUGCUAGGAAAAAGACAAUUUGGCGGCCUAUUGAAGAUUGUGAAGUACAGGGAUUUCCGCGUUUAAGUGAUGAACAGCUAAGUGAACUAACACUUGGUGUUUACCAAUUGCGUUUGAGUUCCAGCUACAUGCAAGAGCAUACAACUGGAAAUUGUGACAUUAAAGUGCAUGUUCACGAGCAAAGUUUGAUUUCUGCAAAAUUGCAAAGUCGCCAUACAUCUAGCAGAAGGUACAUGCUGUGGAUACGUCACAGUGAGGAUAUGGUCGAAUCAUGGUACUGCCAAUGCAAGACUUGAUCGCGAGUGGUUGGA